AGUGAGCUGAGUCGAGUUGAAGUUUGAGCUUGAGAGCUGUGUGUCGAACAUACGCCUGUUCUGUCACACAUUCUACUUGGUAAUGUAAUAUUUCUAAUGUCACUAACGACAUUUCAUCGGUGUAAUUUUGUACUCUAAUUAUUCCUAAUGUCGCGAACUUUACUCAGAUCAUGUUAGAAAUAACGUUCGAUUCGAUUUAACCAAGAUGUGUCAAGUUUAACGAGGAACUAUUUAACGUUUUAUGCUUUGUGUACCACUACUCCUCGGUUUUUGUUUUGAUAGUUUAUUACGUGUAUUACUCCGCAACUUUCAGUUGUGAAGCUCGACCUGUAAAAUGUGUUGCAUUGUAUAUCUUCUAUCGACUGGCAGAAGAUAGUGUGUAUGAUGCUGGACGCAGUGAUAAGUUCAUUUUAAUCAACCAUUACGUGACUCAUUUGGCAGUUAUGAAAAUGGAGCAGCAAGUUAGAACUACUACUUCCAGAUUAUUCAAUGUAACUAUAGUCGACGUUAAAAAAGACGAUAUCGAAGAGAAAUAUGAACGAGGAUAUCUACUGUAUCAAGGUAUCAUAUCCGGUUUAUCGGAUAAAGAAUGCAUCGAUGCUCUUACGACGGCUGUAAAUCGAGAAAAAAGUCAAGAAGAAUUGAUUUCAUUAGGCAUGAUCACCGUUAUACUAACCGAACCUCAUAAUUCUGAAAAAGUUUAUCAAGAUUUACGAAUGUUGAAUCGCGACGGAUUCCAAUCAGUUACUCAAAGUACGUGUCAACUUAUCCUCGAAAGGUAUACCAGACUUCACGAUGUAGCUAGAUGUCAAAUGUUAUGGCUGGUUAGAGAAAUGGUCCGAAAUAUGGUUCCGAAUGUCGACACGUUGUGUUGGAACUUGAUGAGACACGCAGCCAGCGGAGAUGUAUCACCUAAGAACUUAUAUUUAGUCGAAAACUUGUUAGAUAUUUAUCAAGAUAAUAGGAAAUGGCUAGAAAAAUUUCCCUGGUUAUUGGCUUCUGUAGUAUAUUCAUUUUUACGUUUCAUCGAAGAUCAUUCUAGCCCAUCGUUGGCGAAAUUACGCCAGAAAGAAGUAACAUUUGUGAUAUCGCUGCUACGUGAAAGGUUCAUGGAUUGCUACGUGAUAGGUCGCGAUUUAGUCAGACUGUUGCAGAAUAUAUCUCGUAUACCGGAAAUCGAAGCACUAUGGAAAGAUAUACUACAAAAUCCUUCUUCGUUAGCACCUAAUUUCACAGGAGUAUUGCAAUUAUUACAGACGAGAACGUCUCGUCGUUUUCUGCAAUCGAGAUUGACGCCGGAUAUGGAACGAAAAUUAGUAUUUUUUACCUCUAGUGUUAGAUUUGGAAAUCAUAAAAGAUACCAGGAGUGGUUUCAGAAACAGUAUCUAGCUACUCCAGAGUCGCAAUCUUUACGAAGUGAUUUGAUUCGUUUCAUCGUCGGUGUUAUUCAUCCAACUAAUGAACUCCUGUGUUCGGAUAUUAUACCUAGAUGGGCUGUUAUCGGUUGGUUAAUUACCACAUGUACUUCUAAUGUUGCCUUAGCCAAUGCUAAAUUAGCUUUGUUUUACGACUGGUUGUUUUUCGAGGCGGGUAAAGAUAAUAUUAUGAAUAUAGAACCAGCGAUAUUAGUUAUGAAUAAUUCUCAAAAGACUCAUUCCGCUGUUACCGCAACCCUCCUGGAUUUCUUAUGCAGAAUAAUUCCAAAUUUCUAUCCGCCAAUCACGGAGCACGUCCGAAACGGUGUUUUCUGUUCGUUGUAUCAAAUUCUAGAAAAACGUGUGUUACCAUCUCUGUUACCUUUGUUCGAUAAUCCAAAACUGGAUCGCGAAUUACGCUCGAUGAUCAAAGACACAUUCAGCGAAUUUUGCGAAUCAACCGCAGAAGGAAAUAAACCGCCGGAAGAAGUAAAAGAAGACGGGGCCGGUGCCGAUAAAUUGGAAAGAAUUACUCCUCCCGUUGCUUUAACUAAUAAUCAUAAUGCUAUCGAGAAUAACUUAGAUGUGGCAUUCAGUGACGAAGAAAAUGAUAUUAUUAGACCACCGAUUAAAAUCGAAGAAGAGGAUGACGACGUUCCUUUAGCCAAAGUGAAGAUUAAAGAGAAACCGAACGAUGAAGUUUUUCCCGACGUUGUGAAAACGCUGAAGAAAGAAAUUCGCGAUCUUAUCACUCAGUUGAAUAAAGAAAAGAAUAAUAAUCGAAGAUGCAAGAUUGUAGAUAAUUUAAUCAAUGUAAUCUCAGACGACGAUGAUUUAGAUAACGAGUCUUUAGCCAAUAUCGCCUUAUGUUUAAACAUCGCUCUAAAUUCGCAAUUCGAGGAGAAAAUAUUUCCAGAAGAAGCCAACAACAAAAACAUCGAAGAAAGUGUAAAUAAACCGAUGUUUAUAUUAUUCAGAGGUUUGACCGAGUCAUCGGACGGUAGUUCGAAGCGAAUUCCUUUUUUCACAAUUCUAACCGAGUUGAGAUCGCAUCAGCCUAAAAUCGGAUACUUGUUGUUAUACUAUUUGCAAGUUUGCGAGCUUUUGAAAGAGAAGGAAAAGUCGUAUGCGAGUAAAGGUUACCUGUAUAAAGAAUUUUGUCAUAAUCAAGAAAAAAAAUUUGAAGACUGUUUGAUCUGUGAUCUCGAAAUUUGCCAAGAAGAUGACUGUUAUAUGUUUUGUUGGCUGAUUCCUUCGAUAUACAAGGAAUAUCCCAAGUUUUCAAAUGGCAAUGAUAAGUUAAUUAAUUUAAUCGUAUCGUCCAUCGACGCGAAGCAAUUACAAGAACUCAUUUGUAAAGUAUUACAAGGCCAAUUGGUCAUGUUUCAAGCGGAUAAUUUCGUAUCGUUGAUAUCGUCCUCGUUGACGUGGGAAACAUUCGAACAAUAUUGUUUAUGGCAGUUGGCGAUAGCUCACGAUAUUCCACUGGAAUGUAUGCUGAAUACUUUACCAAAGUUGGAGUUUAAAUCGCACGCCGAAGCUUUGGCGUCCAUUUUGUUGUUAUUAAGAAGAGAGAAGCCAUCGGGGGAUUUAUUAAAACCGAUAUUUUGUCGGGAGCUCAAACCAUUAUCGGAUAUAUUCGUCGUAUCUGUGUUACAAGCUUGGUGCGCCCAGACUUGCGAUUCUUUGGCUAAUUGUGUGGCCGAUUUAUUGACCAGUCGGUGUCCGACGGCGUCGCCUAGUAAACGUAAAAGAGGACAAGGUACGUGUCGAUCAAACAAGUUAGGACAAGGCUUAGGAUCAAGAAGCGGAGUAUCUCCGCCUAGCGCGGAACGUAUUCUGGGGCAUUUGGAUCGAGCUCGCGAAGGCUGUAAACCGAUGUUCAAAGUCGACAGCAUGCAACGAGCUUUGCAAAUAGCUCAAGCAGCUUGCACAGAUACUCAGAGAGGAUUAUACAGUAGUUUAUUCGCCUUACUCGAGGAAGAAGAACAACCCGUCAGCACGACCAAUAAAACCGCACCGUCUACGAGUAAAGGCCGAGGACGUAAAGCAGCCGCUGGCAUGUAUAACAGCACAUCGACAACCAACACGAAUAGUUAUUCGAGUAAACAUCGCAACGCGAGUAAUCGAAGCAGUCUUAAAGAAUUAUCCGACUCUUCGGAAUCGAGUAGCGAAGAAGAAGAAGUAAUCAAACCGAGAAACGCGAAAAAACGUAAAAAAAUCAACACAGUUACUUCGGACAGUGACUAACAUACGGCUGAGCAACUAGCCAGCGAUGAAGAACCUGGCUAUGGUAUCGUGAAUACUCCAGCGUAAUGUGUUAAUCGCUCCCACAAUCGGCACCGGAAUCACGAACGCGGUAAAGUGUAGGUUUGGUUUUGCAAUUUACAAAGCAAUGCAAAAAAGGGAGUAAAUAACCUCGAUCGAUUUGUAUUGGAUUAUUGCUGUGAUAUUUUAAUGGUGGUUUUCGUAUGUACUUUCCAUAUCGCUCGUGUCGGUUGUUCUGUUCAGUUCGAUUCUGUGUCUGUGUCUGUCUGUCUAUCAGUGUGUGUGUGUUUUUAAACAACAUUCGAAAGAUGAAUUUUUUAUUAUUUAUUAUCAUUCCUGUCGCGCGAGUAGGUGUACUUUACAAACGCACGGGCAUAUGCGAAAAUGGUUUUUAAUUUGUGUUUUUAAAAUAACCGAUAUUACGAUGUCUUUUUUUUUUUGAUUAGAAGAACCACGGUUUCAUUUACCCCGCUGCAAAUGAGUAAUGGAACUGUGAACCGAAGUUGUUUUUUGAGAAAGGGUUUUGUUUGAUUCACACUUUUUUUUUUUUUUAUUGAUUAGGGAAUAUUUUUGCUAAUAUUUUCGACUGUUUUUACGUUAAUUUAUUUUUAUUACGUUUUGUACAUGCGUACCUCUCUAUCUUAUGUUUGUAAAAAUGGUGUAUAAAGAAAACGUUUGUAAAGUGUAUUUAUUGGUACUUGGUACUAUACGUUGUAUAAUCAUGUGUAAUUUUAUUGUAUGCAAGAAAUGUGUGUAAACAUAUAAUUGGUUUAAUACAAUAGUUUUAUAAAUCGUUUGGUUUAGAAAA